AUGAACUGCACUAUUGUGAAUUAUGAUAUGGCGAUUGUCUCAUACCCAGUUCCCACGAGCUGUACCCCUCUAGUAUUUCUCAUGUCAACGCAUCUCGAAUUCUUAGAUUUUGCUCAAGUCAAGUUCCUUUGCAACUUACAUUUGGCAAGAACUAUGUCAGACACUCUGGGACGCGUGAAGCGAGCCUUCUCCACUCUGACCAUACGAGAUAAGAAAGAAAAAAAACGAGAGGAGAUUGUCAAGACUCUACACGAGAUUUACAACUCGCUAAACCCUCUACCUAUGACAAUCAUUUCACCCAGCACACUGGCAAACCUAUCGAUAGACCUCCACCUCUUCAACCCAGAAGGCCAUACUGCUACUACCUUUUUUCGGCCGUUAACAGCAGCUCAGCUAGCUAAAUACCCAAAGGAUCUAGAAUCAUAUGAGGUGCGUCAUCACCAGGAACGCAAAUACUCUGAUCUGGAUAAAGGGGCGGAUUGGUACGAAGCAUAUGGAGGGAGAUACACUCUUUGGGAUUGGGGGGAAAACAUCUGCUACAUGCUGGCUUGGGAACUCGGUAUCGCGCCCAGGCUAGGAACUGGGAAACCCAGACCGCUGAACAACAUCAUAAAAUGGCGAGGCAGUGAGGGCUGGCCUGUUGAAAGUCAGUAUCUCCCAAUGUCUUCCUCAUACAAUGAGCACUGGGAACCUCAAUACCACUGGCGUCCUUGGCGUGAGGAAGAUUCGCAUAUCAAAAUCUGCCAAUAUCACGGUAUCAUUGGAAGUGAUGGCCAGUUGCUACGAGAGGAACUCCUGGUUAUUGUUGGCACUAUUUGCACUCAGAUGAAUAAGGAGAGGUUCAAGAAGCACCUAGUAAUUCCUGUGAUGAUGUUUUCGUUUAUGGGUGAGCGACACGAGAGGAUCAUCUUGGCUCAAUUUGAUGGCGAUAGUCAAAAGCUUGUGGUACAUAUGUCGAAACUGUAUCGCUUUCUGGCCGAAGACGAGGAUUCACUUGCGUUGUUUACACGGUAUGCAGCCAGCGUUGUCGAGCCAUCCGGCAAUAUGGAAGCGCUGCACGGAUAG